UUUGUCACAGGUGAGCGCCUGGAACAGUCUUGGUCGAUUGUCCCGGUAGAGUGUAGGCAUAAUGCAAUAAGUAGAAUUUUUACUAAAAAAAUUCCAAAAUACAUGGUUUAUAAACAGUUACGGGAACUUAAUUAGUGGAGUUACUGUUUAUUAGACGAUGCCUUCACUUUAUAAAAUCUUAUUUUUACUACUGGGACUUUUUCCAUUAUGUCGACUACAGUUUAGAUCUACAAAUUCCAAUAAUAAUCUAAAUGCUAGAUUUGUGCAAUGGAUGAAUGGACUAUUUUAUCUACCACCAGAUGGACAAUUACGUGUACGAAAGGAAUAUAGAACUUUAACAGACACAGAACGUAAUGAUUUUCACAGAGCUCUUGUUUUGUUAAAACGAGACAGAUCCAUAUUGCCAAAUAAAUAUGACGCCUUAGCUUCACUGCAUCAUCUUAACACAGCUGCUGGCGCUCACGGAGGACCAAAUUUCCCUGGUUGGCAUAGAGUUUACCUUGUCUUGAUUGAAAAUGCACUGAGAGAAAAGGUACCAAACGUGACAUUGCCAUACUGGGAUAAUACUCUUGAUGCCAACCUACCGGAUCCAAGACUAAGCAUUACGUGGUCCCCUCUAUUUUUGGGAUCCUCGACAGGAGUUGUUCGAACAGGACCGUUUGCUGGAUGGAAUACACCCUAUGGAGCUCUUCGUAGAAACGUCGGUUCAGACAGAAGACUCAUGUCAUCAACAGAUUUAGGCUUGAUAUUGUCACGACGUUGGUUAUGGGAAAUUACCAAUCCAAGUGCCUCGGAUCAGUAUAACAUUGAAUUGCUGCACAAUCAUGUUCAUGUUUACGUAGGCGAACAAAUGAGCAGAAUAGAAUCGGCAUCAUAUGAUCCGGCGUUUUUUACCCAUCACACAUUUAUCGACUGCCUAUGGGAAGAAUUUAGGGAAAGACAACGACAGAGAGGCAUUAACCCUGGAAGAGAUUACCCUCGUAUUGUAGGUGACAAUCAACAUCAGCCUCUUGUACCAAUGGGACUUGGAAGACUUCUAGUCAUUGAUGGAAUCAAUGAUAUCUUUACACGCCGUAUAUACAAAUGUGAGAAAAGACCAACGUGCGUACAGGGCACCAAUCAUUGUGGAUCACAGUAUCUUAGAUGCAAUUGGAACAACCGCCAGUGUUUGCCUUUGAUUAUGGGAAGAACUGUAGCCCCGCAACGAACUGUACGUCAGCAAUGGUGGCAACGAAAUGGUAUCGCGAACCAAGUAUUUGGCAAAUAAUCAGCAUAUUACAUUAAAGGAAAUGGUGCCAUUCAUUUUUUUUUUCUUUUGGAAGCAAAACGAUUUUUUUUUCGUUUAAAAUGGAAUUAGUAGAAAUAUUUUUAAAGGAGAUUCAAGUUUUCCAUGAAAUGGCAAAAAAAUUCAUAUUAAGAACAGAAUUAAUUACAAAAGUUGUCGGUUCGAAAUAGACAUAUGAAAGCAGCCAAUGCAUUAAGAGACAAAUGAAAAGUGCUAUUAAUUGUUAAAAUGUCAACCUGGAAAGGAGGAGCAUCUUGUUAACAUUUUAAUACGUGGUAUGCUCAUUUACUAUAUUUUUAUUGUGUUUUGUUGACCAUGAGAUGGUUAAAAAAAAUACAAAUUGUAUCGGCUUUUUUCCACAUUGUUGAACACUUUUUAAUUGUGACGUAAGGGAUGCUUGUAUAUUAUCAUUUUUUUUUUUUUUUUUUUUUUUUUUUGCAAAUCGGUGUAUUAUAGAAUAGAUAUACCAAUGCCGAAAUAAAAAAAAUAAGACAUUGUCACGAUUGCUGUUCAAAUAUCAAAUAUACAAUUAUUAUUGACAAUUGAAUAGUUUUAUUACAAAUGCAUAUGAACAAUACCUUGCAUAUAAAUUUCAUAUCUUGUUGUCAGUUCUAAAGUUUUUCUUCUUCACUUUUCUUUACCCUUUUUUGCUUUGUUUUCAUUGGUGAAAUGAUGAUAAAACGUUAUAUCAGAUAUUCACCGUGUAUACCUUAUCCAUUACCAAAAAACCUGCAGGGUCAUUUCUGAUUAUAAAUAUCCAAAUGUAUUACCAAAUUUGAUAAUCGAUACUUAAAGAAUAAAUUAGUAAAUUUUAUAGGAAAGUUAUUUAGCUGCCUAUACAAUAGCAUGGAUAUGGUACUAGUAUUAAAAAUGGAGGGGAUAAAAGAAAAAAGAAAACAGAAUAUUUUGAGAGGAGACACAUUAAUAAAUCAUAAUACUAUGUUGCUUAAAAUUUUGCAACCGAUUUAAAAAUAAUUUCUUUUGUGUAUGGUUUUGUAGUCGUAUAUUUCUAUACGCUCAGUUCUUUAUCAAUGGUCUGAAACUUUACAUUCCGAAUCUUAAUUAUUUCAACCUUCAGAAUAUUGAAUUUCUAAUUUCCUAUCUCAAAAUCACUCCUUACUAGCGUUAACAUUUUUCAAACUUCGAAACUAACGUAGCAGUACUUACAGUUACAUACAAUUUUAAAAAAUAAACAAAUAAUACAUGCCUUAUUUGCUAAAGCCAUCUCCAAAUUUCUGGCUUAGCUUACUUGGCAAAGCUAAUACCCAAACAUCAGUCUUUAUUUUAUUUAAUAUUUGCAUAUAACAUAAUCCAAAAAGGAAGUCCCAUUUCCCCAUCUUUUUGGAUUGUUCUUUUCAAUUAGUCAGUACAUAGUUAAUUUAUAUAAGAAAAUUGAUGGUGAAAACAAUCAAAUAUUUUGAAAUUAGUAUUGUUUUCAUUUUCAAUAUACUAUGUACUUACAGGAAUUUCCCAGCUAUCGUAUGUAUAACCAAAGCAAUGCAUAAGUAUGUUAAUCCCUUCUAUUCAAGGCUAAAUUCUGUUUUUUUUUAAAAGACUUUCUAUUAUUUGCAAUAUCAUCUUUUAACAAAAUGUAAAAAAAAAGUCCUAGAAAUAUUUUAGAUUAUAAAACAAUAAUAUUCUUUUGUAUAUUUAUUCAAAUAAAGUUUAACAGUUCCAACAGAAACUUCACGAAAAGAAUUUACUUGUUAAUGUAUGAAUUUACGGAAAGUGAAUUCUCGAGUAGAAGUCACAGUUAGAUUAUUGUUCUUUUACUGGGAAAAUCGGAAUUAAUACGUAUGAAAUGUUUCUAUAAAAUAACCUUUUUAACAAACAAAAUACGAAUCAUAGCAUUGCUUUGGUUUUUAAACAUUGCACUAUAAAAGUAUUCCUAUUGCAAUAAUUUCAAAACACUGUAUAGCUCAUUUGCUAUAAUUUUUAAACACAUUAAUACUAUAUUCAUGACAAAUGGAAAUUUUUAAAAAUAUUGAAUUCGAUCACAGACUUCUAUUGUAUAUAGAAACACAGGUGAACAUCUGAAUAACAAAUUUGUUGUGUGGUGACAAAGGAUAAUCACUUAUCUGCAUUUAACAAAAAGAAAAUUUCGUUCCAAAUUUCGUUUAUUUCUUGGUAAUGAUAUAUAAAAAUGCAGAUAUUUUUUAAUGUGAUACCAUGAUUUAAUUGUAUAAAAUUAAUGCAUAAGUAGUUGUAAAAAGUAUCUACACAAGUUAUUGAUUUAAUUAAAGAUAUAAAAUAUUGA